AGAAAGUUUAAUUUCAAUAUCGUGUAAUUAUUGUUCGGAGAUAUUUUUUGUUAAAAUGGAGAAGGACUGUGAUUUUCAAUCCAACUUCAUUGAGAAGAAACUUUCGUCGGAGACCAAGCUCGAUGUUUUCGUUAGCAAUGUCUCCUUAUCUGAAACACAGGUAAAAAAUUCUGCGCUUAAGGAGUCGUCGGUGGACCUUGAUGUACUGGCGCCCCUGUCGAUGGAGAUUUUCACAAGGAUGGAAACAGAGUUACAAAAGAAAGAGUACUUUUCCGACGACCGAGUGUCGAUCAGUAAAUUAAUAUCAAAAUCGAUACCGGAAGUCGACAACGUAGACAACCCUAACUCGUUGUCCUACUCGGACUGCGAGACUAUGUUCGACGUUACUUGCGAGAAUCUGUCCCACUAUAAUUCGACAACGGCGGAGAAAGACAGCGAUAGCGAUACGGAUAACACAUUGAUCUUCGAUGAUGCCGAGGAUGGAGAAACUUCAGUCCAAAACGAGAACGCAACACAGAGCUGUUGUUACAAUUCGUGCUACGAACAAUGUAUCGAACAAGUCUGUGAAAACUUGGAUUCCUUGGACCAAACGACGAACAACGUUUCGAUCGUCUCGAAACUUUCUACAAUCGAGAUAAUAAGCGUCGACCCUGACAACACGACCAAGAAUCAAGAUGAGAAUGCGAUUACAAACGAUCGUUGCUCGAAAGAUGUUAGUGAAGAAAAGACGAUCGAAGAAGAGCAACCGUUGCCAAACUUCGACGUUUCGAGCGACUUCGACCAUGAAAUGGAAAAUCUAAUUUAUUCCUCGCCCAACGCGAACAUCUCCAACUACAUCAAAUUCAGGGAGACUAUUAAAGAGCCAGAGUUCGAAUCAGUUUUGAAUCGGUCGAACGUAUUAAAGCUUUUGAUCGACGAAGUGUCCGAGGCCGAGCAAACGUCAUUAGACAAUCAUGCGAGUGAUUGCAACGCAACGGAAAAGAAGGACGAGGAAAAUUGUGUAGCAAAGUCGUAUUUGAAACAGGAUAAUGGGAAAGAGGAAGAAACGAAGGUAACGUCUCCGGAAAAUUACCUGAAGAAGUUAGCAGAGAUUACAGAAUCGAACUGUCCCAAAUCGGAAGAAGAGAUUCGUGAAACGUUGAAGAUGAUCGCUGAAGGGAAGGCGAAAAUAGAGGAUAGGAAGAACGAAGCGCUGAAGAAUCUCUCGAUGGAGUUCAACGAGGUGGAAAGGCUCGUAGCGGAACAAAGAAUUUUCGAGGAAAGCUCGUCGCCUGGCGUCAAAUCUGUCAACAGGGAUAACAACGAAUCUGACGAAAGCAUGGACGAAACGAACGCAGAAACAGAUAAUUUCGAAAUGCCUCUGACGAAGGACGAGGUAGCUGAGAGUUUCAAGAUCAAAACUAUGCGGAAAGAUGUUAUAGACGAGGAACAGCGUCGUGCAGAGUUAUUGUUAGAAUGUUUGCAAGUCAUCCCGAAGGCGAACGAAACCGAGGAGCCUGUUCGAAACCAAGUAGCAAUCGAUCCUGAAAUAAACGUCGACGAAGAGAAAAGCAAGGUUGCUCGUAUUUUCACGACAAUUUCAUCGGAAAUAGCUAAAGAGAAUCUGGAAUCUGAUGAACCGGAAAAGACUGAUUCUUCGAAUCCGACUGAAACGGUGAUCAGCAGUAUCGUCGAGGACAUUAUCGCUGAUACCGAAGACUCCUUGUUUUGGAAGACGUGGAAAGAACCGGAGAGAACGUACAUCAAAGGAAAAGUUUACGAUUUUGACAAGAAGAAACACGGCGUGAGGAUGACGGAGAAUUUGAUCAAGAACCACUGCAAAUUGGAAAAGCUUUAUCAGACACCGUAUCUGAACAACGUGCUGUAUCUUCACUGCAAAGGUUUCUCCUUCAUCGAGAACCUGGAGAAGUAUACGGGUUUGUCGUGUCUAUGGCUGCAGAACAACGGGAUCCGUGAGAUUGCCAAUUUGGAGAACCAGAGCAACCUGCGAUGCUUGUACCUUCAUAACAACCUGAUCGGCAAAAUCGAGAAUCUCGAGCACCUGGCCAAACUCGAUACUCUGAACCUCUCUCACAACACUAUACGGCGAAUCGAGAAUCUUGAUAGCCUGAAGUUCCUGAAUACUCUAAACCUGUCGCACAACUACCUACAAGAAACCGCUGACAUUGAGCAUCUCCGAUUGCUGGACAGUCUCUCGAUACUCGAUAUAUCUCACAACAGGAUAGACACCGACGAAGUCGUUAAUGUGAGUCCGUUAUGUUUCCUUAAUCGUAUGCCUCUGGCGUCUCUUCGACGGCUACCUCGGGUGCUCGGGACGCGAGUGAUGUAA